AUGGCAGGAGUUCGGCCGGCGGUACCCACGGCAUUGACGCGGAGGCCGGCGGCGUCGCUGCCGCGCGCCAGCGGCCGCCAGCAGCAACGGGAGGGAGGAGGAGGAGGAGCCCGCGCUUGGCGCCCGCCCGCCGCCGGACGCCGCCUGCGUCGCGACGCCCCCGCCGCCCCCGCCCUCGCCGCCUCCGCUGCGCCGGCGGUGACGUCGCGCUCGCCUCCGUCGCCGCCGCCCCCGCGCGGGGCGAAGCGGCGCGCCUACCGCAUCGUGUAUCGCGGCGACCGCAUCGUCUCCCGAAGGCCGCUCGCGAAGGUUCCCAUCCACUUUCACACGAGGAAGACCUGUCUUCCGUUCUCACAUACGGUGCCUUUCUGCGAACUACCUCAAGGAUUAGUGGAUGCGUUAUCUUGAAGAAUUCUGAAAGAAACAAGUUGUAGAUUUAUUCGGCUCGAAUUGUGCCAUGAAUCUCCACCGGUCACGUGGGAAAAGGGGCGGGCAGGGUCGUUUGGCAUGGUGGCCUUCGGGCUAGGCAUGUGUGUUUGUUGUGUUGCAAUAUAAGUUAAAUAUACUUCCCCGUUCUAAAUGUGUCUCGCAAGUGCGAAGAUGUGGGCAGCAUUUGUUGUUCGCAUUUUAAGGAAACGAAUAGUGCUUGGUAUUAUAUUUGCCUUAUCUUUGACAUACUGUGUCGUUAGCUUCCUUCACGAGGCCGACAAUUCUGUGACUGUUGAGAUAUCAGUGCCAAUGAGGCACUAUGAUCAACAAUUUCUUUGGCAUUCUGUUAAAGACGAUUCAAAUGCUACAGACGUGCGCGUAACUACAUGCCGCAAUUCAGUUCAAGGGAAGGUAUUGAUUUCAGAUGACAAAGGGUAUGUCUGUUUAAGAACAGAUGUUCUGUCCACGGGGUGUUGCAACACUGAUUCAGAGAAUACUAAACGCUACUCAUGUGAAACUUGCAAAGAGAAUGGUUGUUGCAGUAUCUAUGAGUAUUGCAUCUCUUGCUGCUUGCACCCAGAUAAGAAAAAUCUCCUGCAAAGUGUUCUUGGAAAAGCAUCAGAGACCUUCAAUGUAUUGUUUGCAUCAGUAACUGAUCAUUUUGAACUGUGCCUUGCAAAAUGUCGGACAAGCUCACAAAGCGUGCAGCAUGAAAAUUCAUACCGAGAUCCUCGAGCCAAACAUUGCUAUGGAGAAGCUCCUGCUGCUGCAGCAGCAGAUGGAAUGAUGCCAUCUUGAAGCAGAUCCAAUAAAAAUAGGAAAUGGGAGUGACUUGACUCCCAGGUGGUUGUUCUACUAGCAAGGGUGGAUCAGUUCCCAUUACUGUAAAAUUCUUUCAUUUGCAGUGAUUGGUUGUAGUUCAGCAGGUUCUGCUAGAGUGUGGUUUUCCGAGGUCCAAAUAACUCCUGCUUGUUGUGCAGGAUGUGUAGAAUGAAAUUUGUUUUCAUAUUUCUUGGGUUCUGGGAUGGGCUGCAACUAUUCUUCUCAUUCUCCUAAGUGAAUGAAAAAUCUUCUAAGAUAGAGCUAGAAAAGCCAUUAUGUUUGAUUAUAGUCAAUAAUGUGUGCUCUGUGAUAAGUUACCCUAUUCUAAAAAGGGAAAAGGAGUAACACGUGGAAUUUGUAAGAAAAGGAGGUAUGAUAUACAAAGACUUAAGUGACUUUUGUAAAAAGUUAAAUCAGGGUAAUUGCCUUACAAGGUUGUAUGUUCACAUGUGCACCUUCCAGGAACCUCACUUUCUUUGUGUGGUCUCUGAGUCAAAUGGUUUUUAUUAUAUCUAGUGGAAUUAAUCACUAAAAUUAAUAUUAUAGUAAUUAAAAGAUUGUACACGGUUCAUGAACAUUAUUCAUUAAAAUCCUUCCUAAUGCUAUGCGGGGUCCAGCUGAACCUGACUUCGUAGUUAUAUUAUUUUAACAAGGAAGAAAAAGCGUAAUGUUGAUAUAUAUCAACUUAAUACUUUGUAGAGUAAAAAUAUUGUCCAUUUGAAGAAGAUUAAGCAAUAUGUGUUUUCUGCAUUAUGUAACAUGUUUGAUAUUAAACAUUAAUAUGUUUAUUAGGAUCAAUCUUGACCUCCCAGGUCUUUUGAUGUUACAGAGGUGCAUUUCUCAGUUUGCAGUGAAGAAAUCUCUUAAAAAUUCAAAAUUUGUUGUUAUCUGAUUGAAUUUGUGAUUGAGUUUCAUUUCAUUCUGAUUGUUGCAAUUGAGUCAUAAAGGAAAGAAUUUCUCUUUGAAUCUUGCUUUCAAGUUUUUCAUACCAGAAGGUCUUGUGUCGGCCCUGUAGUUAGUAGUAGAUUACGUAGUUCUGUUUCACAAGUGUCAAAAAGAAGUGUGCAAAACAUUUUAUAUAAAGAAUAUCGAUCAUACAGGAAAACUUGGACAAUUGAUACAGAAGAUGGGAUAACAGGAAGAGAAAGCCAUAGAGAAAAGUGUUGUUAAUUAUGUUCCAGGAAAAUACUAAUAGUCUUCCUACUAAUGGCAUUACAACAGCAAAUACGUUUACAUAAUAUUUGCAACUUUUGCAAUUUUCAAAAAUUCAGGAAGUGUAACAAAAAUCUGGCCUACACUAUUUUUUAAAUGAAGUAUUUCACCUCUACCAGGUGAAAUGCCGAAUGUAAUAUUGAAUUUCAUGCAAGGGGACACAGAUCGUUGCACUCAGUGUCUCAGACUCAAAUAUAAAUCUGUGAUUGAUGGUGGUUUUCUUAUCCGGCAGGAAUCAUUUUCCAGUAAGCAAGAGCUUGUGCUUGGGUAUUACUACGCUAUGUGCUCAAUGGUUGUCAGUAGGAUCUACCAAAGGAAGUCUUCGCUGAUCUCAUGUAGCAACAUCUCAUAUUCGUAAAUGCAUGUAAAAAUGUCUUAAUAGACAGACAAACUAGUCUUUCAGAAACAAAUUGAGAAAUGUAUCGUGCCAUUAAUUUUAACAACUUUUUACCUAAAUAUAGAAUGUUUUUCAUUCGAUGAAUUUAUGACUUCAAAUCACAGCAUUCCAAUCAUGGUUAAUCAAGUGAAAUCAAACAAUAAAAUUGUUUUCAAAAAAUAUUUUUCUGCCAAUGAUUCGUUUGUUCAUGUUUCAAAGAGGCAAAACUUCAUUACACUGUUCAAUUUUUUCUACAAACAUUUUGCAUUGCAUUUUAGUAAUAAACAUUGAUUUCGGAAUUUGAUAUUGCAUAUUUUAAAGAUUUAUUGUGCAUGUUAUACGGCAAAUUUUACACAUUUUUAUUGCACAGAAACCCGGGCUCUACUCGUGCCAUAAAGCUAUUUUCCACAAGCUUAAUGCAAUGUUGUUCACAGGCAAACUGACAGGCAUUUUUCUGGAAAAUAAAUUUUUGUGUAUCAAGGACCCACAAAACAAGUUAUUCCAGUGAAAAAUCGCCAUUGUUUGCUACAGAAUUUUUUUAUUUUAGACUAUGUAAGUAGUAUGUUAGAAAGUAAAACAAAAUCUCGAUGUGGAAAGUUUGAUAUUUGUUAAAGUUAGAAAGAAAAGAAGAAAGAAAAAAUGUUUGAAUUGAAUUAUAAGUUCAUUAAAACAUCGUAAAAAGCUGGAAACAGUUUUUGUAAGCAGUCAAGAUAUAUUCUUUUCUUAGUUCUUAAACACAAGUUUUUAUUUGGAAGGAAAGGAUAAAAGUUCAAUUCUUUAUUGGGUUCCUCAUAAACACUGUUCACCAUUAAAUGUAGGAUCAUUAUUAUAGCAUUGGGAAGGGUGUUUGGAAUCAGUGCAAAUUGGAAUUCCUUUGUCAUGUGAAGUGUAAAUGGAAGUCAUUAAAUCAUUUUUCCCAAUCAAUUUGUAUGGGCAGUUCAUGUGGUUUGACAAAUGUUUCCAUUCCACAAGAAUAUGAGGUUCAUUGGAAGGAUAAUGUGGGUGUGUUCAUGUUCCCACAUUCCAUUCUGGGUGCCUAGGUUACGUUUGAAUGUGCAAAAUGUUUAAUUAUUAUGAUUUGAAUGGUGCAUGGCAAUUGAGAAAGUUUGUGCUAUUAAUCCUUCUCUCUUUUUGGUGCAUUAAGACUGUACCAUAUGCAGAUUAUGAAAAGUGAAUUUUACCAUCUGUGUGCAGUUACCUAUAUUAAAGAUUGAAGGUAUAUUUUGUCAUAAGUUUUCUUUUAAGACUGUUAUAUCUUUUUUCAUUUAAGUUCUGUAUUAUUUUGUGAAAUAAUUUAUUGAUUAACAUGUUGCUUCAUUGUUCAGAAAGCAGUGGUAGCUCAUGCCAGUUGAGGUUUCUGUUACAACCAAACAAAUUCACAAUUUAAAUAUAUUUAAUAUUCUUUUGUAUUAUUUGUAUCAGUACUCUCAUGAAUUAUAAUAACAUUACAAUUUUGUGUAACUGUUGACCCAAUGAUUGCAAUGGCCCACGUUGCUCCUGUGAGUCUUAAUGCUAAAGUACAGGUGAUGAUGAAUUAUUGCCUGUAAGUGACAGGCAAUGGAGCAUCUCAAGGCAUGUAACUCCACGAUGUGUCAACCCUCAAAGACCCUGGGGUGGGAACAGUGCCAUCAGACCAAUGAGCACAUGACUUUCGCGUUGUGCGCUUUUGCCCAAGUGACAUGUUUUGUGUGCUGAUGACAAGAUCCCAGAGGGGCAGGGGUGACAAACUUCAUCAGAAAGCUGUGAAAACAGCUCAGCAAAUCAUUGAUGUGUACUAAUUAUUUGAGUGUCAAUUAGCAUUAUGACAAAAAAAAAUUUCAAACUAACUUAAAAUUUGUAUGUUUUCAGAUUAAUGUAAAUUGACACCAAAACAUUUAUGAAAUAUCAACAACAUAGCAUUGUUCAUUUAAGGUAAACUAAUGCUUUAUGUCCUCCAUGAUGGUACCACCCAUUUUGACUACUUUCAAGAAUAGGCAGUAGACAUAGAUUCACAGUGCCUUACAUACAACUGGGUUCAUUGACGCAGACAACUAGACCAUACCACCACAUCUAUUUGUGAACCACCAACUUAUAAUCAUGAGCUGCCACUGGGAGAAAUUCUGUUCAUGAAAUCUGGAAGAUAUUAUAUUACUUUGUAUUUUUAUAGAUUUUUUUGGCCAGUCACCAAAGUAGUUUUGCAGCUUUAUAAAAUGUAUGUAUUGAAAGCUCCCAAGUUUUGAAGCUUAUUGAAAUUCCAUUUGUGGGAUUGAAUUGACUAAUCUGUUCUUGACUUGUGUUGCAAUUAUGAUUGAAUUUUUUGUAGGAAUUACAUUCUAAGUUAGCUAUGACUUUCCUUUUUUCUUUUAAGAAAAUGUGCACAUUGAAAGAGG